GUUGAACAUGGUUCUAGAAACGCAGAGGGAAUUUGUCGCCGGGAAUCAAGACCGCAAUGUCUCCAAAGCGAUUGACGAACUGGAUCGGAGAGCAGAGAGAAUACCACGGAAGCUCGGGCAUUAUGACCACCUUGGUCCCUUCAGCGUGUUUGUGCUUGGUUCCACUGAGACCACAGAUCAGUUGGAUGGCGAAUCCUGCAGCUCUGCACAGGCCGACGCGAUAUCUCUCCAGGAGCCGAUUUCCGAUUCGGACGUCCCAGCACUUCCUGGCCACACAGUGUUAACCCAUGAAAGAACUAGUCCUCAAAAUGCUGAAAAUACCAGAUCCGCUUGGCUCUUUCCGGGUGUCGAUUGUACCAUUACCAGUGGUGAUCUUCCCCGUCAGUCUUCAACCCAACUGGCUCCCUCUUGGGAUCUUGUAGGACAAUAUCCAUAUCCGUCUGACGGAGACCAGACCGCUCAGCAGACCUUUACUGAGCUGGGACUGGGUUGCCCGGAGACUACUAUGGUCAUAUGGAACCAUGGCCAGCCAGAUUACGGAAGUGUUCCAUUGCAUCCUCCACACGGCAGCUUCCAUCAUAAUCCCGUCUAUAGUAAGCCUAUCCCGAUCGUGAAAGCAGUUCUGGCCAUCAGAACGUAA